UUGCGGAGAAAGUUUCAUCUUAAUGAAAUGCACAAGCCUGGAGAUGUGGCUCUGGGUGGGCUGUUUGAGGUCCACUACACCUCUGUUUUUCCUGAGCUGACAUUUUCUUCAGAGCCAGAACAGCCCCGCUGCAAAGGCUUUGAUAUUCUAGGGUUCAGGCAUGCUAUGUCCAUGGCCUUUGCUAUUGAUGAGAUCAACAAGAACCCCAACCUUCUACCUAAUGUGACUCUGGGAUACAGUCUUUAUGACAACUGUGGUGCACUUGUUAUUGGAUUCAGUGGUGCCUUGUCAUUGUCCAGUGGUCGAGAGGAGCAGUUUCUGCUUCAGGGGAACUGUUCAGGUUCCCCUCCGGUCCUUGGGAUUGUGGGUGACUCCUACUCAACAUUCUCUAUUGCCAUGUCCAAUGUGCUAGGUUUAUUCAAGAUGCCCAUUGUGAGUUAUUUUGCCACAUGUUCAUGUUUGAGUGAUCGCCAGCGGUUUCCAUCCUUUUUCAGAACAAUCCCAAGUGAUGCUUUCCAGGUGAGUGCUAUGAUUCAGAUUUUAAAACGCUUUGGCUGGACGUGGGUUGGUCUGCUGGUCACUGAUGAUGAUUAUGGACUCCAUAUUGCCCGAUCCUUCCAAUCUGAUCUGGUUGAUGCCGGUAGAGGCUGUCUGGCCUACCUGGAGGUUUUGCCCUGGGACGGUGACCUGGGUGAACUCAGGAGGAUCGUACAUUUGAUGAAGACUUCCACAGCUCGUGUGGUUAUGGCAUUUGCACACGAGUCCCACAUGAUGCAACUGAUGGAAGAGGUGGUGCAACAGAAUUUAACAGGUCUGCAGUGGUUCGCUGCUGAAUCCUGGACAGCAGCUGCUGUACUCCAUACACCUCGCCUCAGGCCGUAUUUGAGCGGCACUGUGGGCAUUGCCAUCCGUCGCGGGGAAAUGCCAGGGCUCAGGGACUUUCUGUUACAAAUACAUCCUGACCAAAAUGACAACGCUGAAAAUAACAUGGUGAGGCAGUUUUGGGAGUACAUAUUUCAGUGUAAAUUUGACCCAGCAGCAUUGGUGGAAGCUGGAGGAGCACUAUGCACUGGAAAAGAAAAUAUAGAAGAUGUGGAGACAGAGUUCUUGGAUCUGUCUAACCUCAGGCCUGAGUAUAAUGUUUACAAGGCUGUUUAUGCUCUGGCGUACGCCCUUGAUGAUAUGCUCCACUGUGAGCCAGGGAGAGGGCCUUUCAGCGGGCAAAGCUGUGCCACUUUGCAAACAGCGGAGCCAUGGCAGAUUGUACAUUAUUUGCAGAAGGUCAACUUCACCACAUCAUUUGGUGAUCAAGUGUCAUUUGAUGAGAAUGGUGAUGCCAUACCAAUAUAUGAUAUCAUGAACUGGAUGUGGCUCCCUGAUGGAAAAUUUCAACUUCAGAAUGUGGGUGAAGUGAAGAGGUCGGCCUUAAGAGGUGAAGAACUGAAACUUGAUGAAGACAAAAUCGUCUGGAACACUGAGUCAAAAGAGCCACCCCGGUCAGUGUGUAGUGAAAGCUGUCCUCCAGGCACCCGCAUUGCCAGAAAGAAAGGGGAACCUGUGUGCUGUUUUGACUGCAUCCCGUGCUCUGAGGGAAAAAUCAGCAAUAUAACAGAUUCCAUGGAGUGCAAUGAUUGUCCGGAGGAUUUUUGGUCCAGCCCCCAGCGUGACCACUGUGUUCCUAAGAAAACAGAGUUCCUUUCUUACCACGAACCUCUUGGUAUCUGCCUCACCAUCACCUCAUUACUGGGUACUUUUAUCUGUGCCGUUGUCCUCGGGAUCUUUACAUAUCACCGAAGUACACCCAUGGUACGCGCCAACAAUUCUGAACUGAGCUUCCUGCUCUUGGUGUCUCUUAAGCUAUGUUUCCUGUGUUCACUGUUAUUCAUCGGAAGACCCAGAUUGUGGACAUGCCAACUGAGACAUGCAGCAUUUGGGAUCAGCUUUGUGCUUUGUGUUUCAUGCAUCCUGGUAAAAACCAUGGUGGUUCUGGCCGUGUUCAAGGCCUCAAAACCAGGAGGUGGUGCCAACCUGAAGUGGUUUGGUUCCAUGCAGCAGAGAGGAACAAUUUUAGUUCUAACUUGCAUUCAAGCUGCAAUCUGCAUUGUGUGGAUUGUCUCUGCCUCACCAGUACCUCAUAAAAACACACAAUACCACAAUGACAAAAUAGUUUAUGAGUGUGUAGUGGGGUCCACCAUUGGAUUUGCAGUUCUACUUGGCUAUAUUGGCUUCCUUGCCAUCCUCAGCUUCUUUUUAGCAUUUCUAGCAAGGAAUCUUCCAGACAACUUCAAUGAGGCCAAACUCAUCACCUUCAGCAUGCUCAUCUUCUGUGCUGUGUGGGUGGCUUUUGUCCCAGCUUAUGUCAACUCACCAGGCAAAUAUGCAGAUGCGGUGGAGGUAUUUGCCAUCCUGGCCUCCAGUUUUGGCCUCUUGGUGGCGCUGUUUGGGCCCAAGUGUUACAUAAUCCUGCUGAGACCAGAGAGGAACACAAAGAAAGCGAUCAUGGGUAGAGGAGCAACCAAGUCAUAA